GCCAGUCGUAGAGCAGAGUUUUUUUUUCAGUCGCAGCACAAGAGAGCCAAGCCGGGACCGCUGACUCCGAACACGUAGCGUACGCAGAAGCUUUUUUCGACGUUCGCCUAUUUGGAAAAGAUUUUGUGUUUAAGUGAAGCCUUGCGCUUUGUGAAAGUGAAACAAACAGUGGGCGUGCAAAAAUAGGUGGCCAUUAAACGAAUCAACGCUUUCUUUAUUUGUUCACGAACCGUGCACUAAAAGUGAAAAAUCAUGGCUGAUAACCCAUCCAGAAUGAAGGCUGACAACAAAAAGAAAUUGAAUGUUGGCAAUCUGCCAGCCGACAUCACCGAGGAGGAACUGCGGGAGCUUUUUGCGGACCAUCCGGUUGAAAGUGUGGAAAUUUUCCACUACAAACAGUACACCUUAGCCCUGUUGCUCUUCAAAGAUAAGGAGACGGCAACGAAGGCUCUCAAGGAGAAAGAAAACUCUGUCUUCCGCGGACGUCGGCUGCGUAUGCACCUUGAGUUCAUCGUCAUUUGUCACAUGAAGAAGGAUGUCUUCGUACAUGUUGUAGACAAUGAGAAUGUAACGGAGGAGGACGUGUAUGAGAAGUUUAAAGAUCUGGCCAAGGUCCAGUCGGUGGUUUUGUUCCAUCCGCUUGCCUACGUGACUUGCACCAGUCCGGAGGACAAGGAGGAAGCAAUGAAGAAGAUCGCUGAAGCGGGCAUUACCGUGUACGAUUGUAACGGGCACGAUCAGAACCAGCACAUUGAUGUGUUGCGGGCUGCCAAGCUGUUCUUCCGCAAUUUGAACCGCGUCCAGAUGUACAACAUUCCCGAGAGCUGGAUUAGCUCCCAGGACGAGCUGAAAAAGGCUGUCGAAAGCUCCGGUACCGUGACCGAGGUGCGCGUCACGACCGGUAACUUUGGGCCGGCUGCGCAAGUUUUCUACGAGACGGCCGAAGAGGCCAAAGCCGCUGCUGACAAAUUGAACCAGCAGCUUUUCGAGGGUAAGCGCGUCCACGCACAUCACGUGAUUGCCACGAUGAUACCAAAUUUCAAGACAAGCGUGUACGUGGAAAGUUUGGACAAGUCGAUCACAGAGGAGAUGCUGUAUACACACUUUGAGCAGUACGGCGAGAUCGAAUUUGUCAAUCGGCGCAAGUUUGGCGACGAGCAUGGUAUGGUGUGCUUCAAGGAUGCCAGCUCGAUAGAACGGGCGCUCGAAUGUACCAGCAUGCCGGUAUCGAAGAAAGACGAGGAAGGCGCCACAGAGGAUAAGACCAUCGGUGUCAAGCGUUACGAUGGUCCACUGGUGUUGGAUAUUAAGCUGCCGGCAAUGAAGAAGGGCGUCUCGAGCGAGGAGGGCGAAGAGCAGAAAACACGUCCGCCGCCACAGCCGCUAGCAAAGCUUUGGCCAAUUUACGUUGCGAACCUCCCCUACAAGGCGGACAAACGCGAAAUCAAACAGUAUUUCUCCAGCUAUGGUGGACACAUUAAGUUUAUCUUCUCGCCGAACAUUCCUUCGUACAAGCAGAGCCAAACGUCCAUGGUGAUGGCCGCGCUAAUUUACUUUGCACGCCGCGAACAGGCCAAUGAAGCCAUCAAGGCGUUCAACGGCAAGCACUUCCAGAGCAAGUGUUUGCACGUGUUCCCAGGCCGUAAGGACACGUACUUCGAUACGGAAAAAUCGAUCAAGGUGGUGAGGCUUAAUUUGGCCGUCACGGAAGAGAAGCUGUUUGAGAAGUUCCGCAAGUUUGGCUUCAUCGAGUGCGUAGUAAAGAAGGAUCGCACCACCGCGUACAUUGAGUUCCGCGAUAAGGAAAUUGCCGAAAAGGUGCUGAAGCUGGACGAGAAACAGCGACCGGUGCGUUGCAAUGUUGAACCAGUGACCGGCAAAAUUAACAAGAAAAUUUUCAAAGAAAACGAUGAGAAAAUUUCGCUCGCUAUGCAGGAAAUCAUCGACAAGAAUCCGGCCGUACUGGAGAACGUUUCGUCGGAUCGUUCCAGCGGACCGCCACCAUUGAAACGUAGUCGGUUCAGCGGACCAGCUAACUUUGGCAUGCAGGGACCACGCAAUCAGUUCAAUCCGAACAAUGGUGGCGAUUUCAGCAACCCGCAGGUCAUUCAGGAUCUGCUUCGGUUGGCUUUCAUUUCCGGUAAAAAUCUCGGCGAAGGUCUCGCCAUUAGUGGCAACAGCAAUCCAUUCAAUAGUGGCGACCCACCGCUACCCAACCUUAACCUGACCAAUGGGUUCGGGGGUGGAAACCAGCGAAACAGUUUCAACAAUUCCAACAAUGGUAAUUUUGGUGGAAGUUCAAACAACACCGGCGGUAACAUGGGUGGCGGUAACCGCAACAACAUGGGUGGUGGUGGCGGCGUUAAUCGCAACUUCGGCCAAAACGUGGGUGGUGGAGGCGGUGGCGCCAUGGGCAGCGGCGGCUAUCGUCUCAACAUGGGUGGCAAUUUUGGCGGCAAACGUUUCAACGGUGGCUCCCAGCAAACGAACCGCAUGGGACAGAACAAUCGCCAAGGCGGUGGAAACCAGAACCGACGUUUCUAAGCUCUCCCCCACCCCGCAAAAAAAAGGUAGCGAUAGAACACGACAAGAUGCAUCAACACAAUCACACAUACCACAACAGAAAUCCAAAUCACCUAACCAAUUUACCAUUCUGACUAGGACCAUCGUACUCUAGGUAUCCUGCGCUUUGGACAACUGAACACAACGUGACGGUGGUUUCUUAGUUGACCACAUUUUUGACUUAUGCAUCUUCUACUAAAUGUCUGACAUCAUUUUACCUUUCGGCAGCGUUUAUGUGUGGCACUGUGCGUGACCAACACCAUAUUUUAGACGAAGACGAUGAUCACGUUUCAUAGUGGGUUGCGCAAGCUAUUCGAAACUAUCACUAUUUGUGUAGUUAUAUGUGUAUCAACAAUUACCAAGCAGAUCGUGUGUACUGAUCGAGCUCCUACAUACACACUACGUAGAAUCCUUACCACACGUUUGGUGGUAUAUUUGGAAACAAACAAAUGAUUCCUGAUUGGGAAAAGUUCGGCUUUUUGGAUAACUAUUGGAAAUUUUUGUUAGCCAUUUGCAACCCAUGUUAGUUUUUAUGCAAUAUAUGUUCGUAAAAAAGUAUUAGGACAGCAGCUGAAAUGUUUGUAAAAAUUAGGCAUGAAGCCUGGUUUAGGAAACAAAAGGCCCCCGUUUACGAUAACCCUCAUGAUACUUGUCUAGAAGAAGUUGAAUUGUUGAUUUUAUCUUUUGUAUUCUAUUCUCUUUGACAUACUGCAUCUUAGGGCUAUGUAUGAAGGAUUAAACAAAUGAAUUGCUUUUGUAGAGGGUCGGUUACAUAGAAUUGUACUAUAAGCUUGGCCUAGUACGCCUUGCCCUUGCACCAAGGAUCGACUAUAGCGAUGCGUGGUAAAACAUAAGUCUAGUGAUCCAAAAUAUGGCUCCAAAACGCUACAACGUAAUCCAAAAUUGGUUAAUAUUAUUUUUAGAGGAAACUACCGACCGGUACGAUCUUUUUUUUUACAUAAAGCUGAUAUAUAACGCAAAUAAAAGAUGUGCGUGUAUGUUUUAUGUGAAUGUUUUUUUUUUGUAUUGUUUUUGUAAAGUGUGCAACUAAGUUCUUGCAAUGUUCUGUGUGAUAGUUUACGCAAAUAGGUUUUAAUUGAUUUGAUCGUGAAGCUUCUGCUAUUGUUUUAUUUGAAUUUUUAUCUUCGUUCCAUUUGGGAUGAUAGAUAUGUUAGGUUUUAAAAAUUAAGGAUACAUAAUUUCAAUAUUUCAUUUGCUCCCUCAAGCCGUGCAAUACCUAUUUUACCAUUUGACUGAUCUAUCUGAGACCGGAAAUAAUGGCGUAUGGUCAUUAUUUCAGAACACCAAAUCAUAUAUAAAUACCAGACAAACAGAAGCGGGAACUUAGUGGCGCACGUAAGAGUCUUGGAUAGCAAUCUCGAAUCGAUCCGGUUAGGAAGCAUAGUUUGUUCAAUAAUCGUUCGCAGCCAUAUAUAGGCACCGAUGUGUAUGUGUAUGGAUCUACAUUUUGACGAGAAGUGACUAAACAUAAGCGAGCCUCGGCUCAUGAAAGCGUUGGAAGUUUUUUUUUAAAUGAAAAUAUCUUUAUGCAAAAUAAAUAAUGCAUGAUUAUUAACUGCUUACAAUGGAAUGAACAUGAUAAACAUAGCAUGAGUAUAGGAUAAGCCACAAAUAUGUGACGAUUAAAUGAUUAAAUGGAAUACUUAAACGUAGGUCAGCGGUCGGGCAUCCAUGUAGUUGUGUGUAAUGCCGCCCUGCUAGCACAAUGGCAACGAAGCCAUCAAUUCGGGAAACAUAGUUAACGUGUACACGAUCGCAAAGAAAUGGCUACGAAGUUUGUGUUUGAUAUACUUGGAUGGUGAGCACUACAACAUGACGUAGCGUGCGAAUAAAGCACUAAAAAGGAGCGGAUUUAUAUGUUCUCGUAAUGGUUCCGCGUAAACAUUAGCAGUGGAAUGUAUCGGAUUUGUUGUAUAACAUGCUGGUGCAACUAUUAUUCUCUACUGAAAAGCACACAAACACAAAGUCUACGGAAAAAGGGAAAUUAAAUAAUUUAAAGAGCAAUGUAGACCUUUUUUUUCUUCUGAGUCGACGGAUUAGCAGUCGAUACAGUGUUAAACAGCAUUAAAACCCAGCACAGAAAUCUUGAAAAUGUAUGUUCCAUGCGAACAGAGAGUAGCUCCGUAGCGAAUGCUGCUACGUGUUCUCAUUCUAGCGUAAUACAAGAAUGAGAUGAAAUAGAUAGAUCAUGUGUAGCAGGACACUGGUUAUUUUUGUUUCCGAAGUUAGACAGUGGCUUCAUGGCCAACACGUUUUAAAGCACCAUAAAACCAUAGGUGACGUAAAUAUCGAGACAUAAAUUGGAAUUCUUUGGACGAUGCUGAUACAACAGCCACUCUCUCGUUUCGUCCUAUGUGCGAUGGUUUUUGUUCGUGAGCGGGAAGCUGUGCAGCACAUAACCAAUAACCGAACAAUUUGCGCAAUAGCCCACCCAGUGGAUGCAAUCAACUCAACAUUGUGUAAAACCGUCGACAUAUCGGAACGGAAAAUCGUCGUCAUUUGCAAACUCACGAACACGGUUCAAUGCGGAACCAAACAAAAAGGUCAACAAAUUACUACUAUUCACUCCUUCUCAACUCUUACAACUGUAUUGUAUAAUUAUAAUCUACUAUUUAGUGUGAGCAUAUUUCAUAAAUUGAAACUCAGAACCGAUCGUACUAACAAAACGAUCAUGCGAUGAAACUGUAGGUAAUGUCGCAGCAAUAAGUGGAAAACGUAUUUUUCGGAAUACAGUAAAAAAAAUGGAAAAUUUUCAAAAAAUAAAGUAAAAAUUGUAAAACACAACAAGAGCGGCGAUUGUCAUUUUUGUCUUGGCUGUGUAAUUCAGCUCGAAGGUGAUUUCUUUUUGUAUUCGUUGGGAGCAUGUUACUCCACUUUGUAAAACUUAUUGGACUGUUGGAAGUUCUUGUUUUUUUAUGUUCUAGCCCAUAUUUGAUGCAAAAGAUAAUCCUGUAGAAAGGUGUAGUUUCGAUUGCCCAUGACAUGGUGGGAAACUUAUGGUUAAAUUCAAGUGUUUUCCGCGAUUUUCGCUACAAGCGUAAAGAGAAUUAAAUACAUUUCUACGCGAAAUGUACAGCUGAAAAAGUGACUGUGUGUAACUACUCAUUUGUAGUUAUAGUGGUCGAUAAGUAAGUAGAGUGAACAAGAAACGAUCUUUCGAUGAUAUGUUAUCAGCAUUGAGGAAAUUUUGCAUACACUGGGGAAAACCUAGGUGAAUUCUGCAACCAACUUUAUCAUCGCUAUAAUUACUUUAUUUUUCGUUACAGGUAUACUUUAUGAUUGACUAAUUACAAAUAAACUCUACUUUUCCAGACAAUUAC